AUGCCACUCCUGUACUUGUCCCACCUGCUAAGGUUAUGGCUGCUACUGAGCCAACUUCCCAGAGAGAUCCCCGCUCAGAAUGACAACGACAUAAUUAAGGCAUGCAGACGCGAGUUAGUCCGCCUACGUAUCCGGAUCUGCGGCUCGGUCUCUUGGGGAGGAAAGGCUCUCCAGAAAGGUCGGGAACCUCGGGAGGCACCUGAACCACUUGCAGAAGUCGAGCCAUCCUCCAUCAUCAAUACAAAAACCUUAAAUACAGUGUUGGAAUAUAUUCCUAAUUUGUCACAGGAGUUGAAGGCAACACUGUCUGCGAGGCAGCCAUCAUUACAAGAGCUACAACUUGCACUGGAAAGUUCAAAUUUUAACUUGGAAGAAUUGAAGAAAGUUGUUUUUAGUGGACAAUAUGAAGCUGAAGACAAAAGUCUUUCAGAAUUAGAAACCUCAGGCUUAGAUAAACAUUCCCGAAAAAAGAGACAGCCCUAUGUAAACUUAAGUGAUAAGUGUUGUAAUGUAGGUUGUACCAGAAAAGAGCUUGCUGUACUAUGCUGA